GCACUUAAACAGGGAGUGCCUGGACAAUUCGACCUGGGUCUACACGGACCGACCCUGCCCUGAGGACACAUACGACGUUGGAGGGGAGUGCCGCCCUUGUCCCGAGCACUGCCCGGAAGGAUGGGUUCGUCGGCCCGGCUCGGCAUGUCGAGGUGAUGGCACUAUCAUGUGUUGUCUGGGAAACUACGGCAAGGAAAAUGGCAACGUCAUGUGCUCGUGGAUGAAUGCUGACAAAAUUGGACGGCUGUCAAGAAAUCAAAAGGAAGCUGCCUUCACCAAAGUAAAGGAAUCUAAAAGUGAAAGUGAACCAAAGGAAAGAAGCAGCAUCAAAGUAAAGGAAUCUAAAAGUGAAAGUGAACCAAAGGAAAGAAUCAGCAAGGAGUUCGGAAAGGACAAAGAAACGGGAUCUGGACAAGAACAUUAUGGAGGCGUUGCGGGUGUUUGCAUCCUGAUUGUAGUUGUAGUAGUAGUUGUAUGCACAAUCGCCGCGGCAGGAAAGGAAGGCCGCGCUCACUUAUGUCGAAUACUUCAGGAUUGUUGGCAGAAAAUUAGGAGGGGAGGUCCACGUUUUGCCGCAACUACGUCACGUCGGGUACCUGUAUCAUUUCGCCGCAGAUUGAAUUCCAUUACAACUAUAUAGCAGCAGCAGCAGCAGCAGCAGCAGCAGCAGUAGGUUUCGCCGCAAAUGACGCAACAGGGGGACUACUGUGGAAGUAGGACUUUGACUUUGAGCAGGAUAGGUUUAUAUAAUUACAUGACAGCCCGAUGGGGGCUGUUUGUUUUCAAUUUAUUGCGUUCAAGUUGUAACUUCGUUUGUUGCUGGCGGUCGUUGAGUUUUCUUGGGAACAAGAAUAUGUUUUGGAAGUAGGACUUUGAGCAGGAUGGGUUUAUAUAAUGGCAUGUCUCAGCUACAGAGUCGUUGUAAAAAUCCAAAGUUGUAUUUUAAAAGCGUCACAGCGUCAACAGUGAAGAGAAAACGGUGAUGUCAGAUCAAAUCUUUGUCAAACUCCAAAGUUGUUUCAAAAAGCUUGUAGCUCAUGUACUUGACGUUAAUUUGCCCCGUAUUGUAUCUGUAUUGUAUUUCGGUCCAUUUCUUUCUUUUUGUAGCUUCCGCUGGUCUGAUAGGAGCUGUUUGUUUGACAUUUAUUGCCUUCAGUUGUAACUUUGUUAGUUGCUGGUGGUCGUUGAGUUUUCUGAGGAACAAGAAUAUGUUUGGUGACGGAGAGAGGAAAUGGUGGCCAAAGGAACUGUGAAAACUUUCACGACAGUUUGUACCUGGCACAGAUUUCUUGAGACGUCCAAAGCUUUGGUGGAAAUGUUGCCAAUGGUCCACAGUAUACUUCAAAAAUGUAGUCCAAAAAAUCUUGAACUUUUUGGUCUUUCGGCACAUUUGCCAUAGCGUGGAGGGCAAAAUAAUCUAUUUCUUUUGGGGAAAGAAAGCACAUUCUAAAAACGAUUCUAAGCCACUGGCUGAUUUCUGACUGUUUGUCUUCGUAUGAUUUUUUUAGACAGACUUCAUUUAUUUUUCUUCGCCAGCUCUGCUUCAGGUGGAAAACGCAUGCUUUGACUUGUGUAGUGGGGAAUGUGUCUGUAAAAACUGGACGAGUCGUCAACUCAAGGAGGAUCAAACUUGGACUGAACUCCACAUCACACUUCUGGCAUUCCCCUGUGAGAAUUUGUAGCAUAUUUCUGUCGACUUCUCUGGACUUUGCUGGAAGAAGGCAGUAGAACAAUGGCACGUCAUGUCCUAGACACUCUGUGUGGAUGGUGUAAACUUGGUAAUAGAAUGCAGGGCUGUAUCUGAAGGUACCGUCGCCAAAGAACUCGUUUCUGUUGUCAAUAAUGUUCAUGUUUUCGGAAAACGUAAUGAGCACAAUUUCAUUUUGCACGGCUGUAAUCACUCCAUCCGGUUUUUGAAAUGUACCAUCCUCCAAUCUUUGUA